ACGUUUUCCCAAUGAACCAUCGAACUUUGGUUCACGCUAUCAGAUAGACUUUUUCUGCAAUAAUUCAAAAGAUUGAUGGACAUGGAGGCCGGGGAUGAUCGGAAACUUGUUUCAAGCUGGCCUAAUGUUCAAUUCGUACCUGAAUCGUAUGUGCACCCACCAGAAAAAAGACCUGGGAAGCUCGUCGUUCAACCGUGCAAAACAAUUCCUGUUGUUGAUUUUGAGGGCCAUGAUCAAACCCAGAUCAUUCAGCAAAUUGUGAAAGCUACCGAGGAGUUUGGAUUUUUCCAGGUCAUCAAUCAUGGAGUUUCCAAGAAAUUAAUGGAUGAUGCAAUGGGGGUUUUCAAAGAAUUCCAUGGCAUGUCUUGGAAGGACAAGACAAGUCAACGUUCCAAGGACCCCAAUAAAAGCUGCAGAUUCUACAGGAGCAGUGAAAAGUACACAACUGAGGAGGUUCACGUCUGGAGGGAUGCACUGACACACCCUUGUCAUCCUUUCGAGGAAUACAUGCAAUUUUGGCCUGCAAAGCCAACUAGAUACAGGGAGGUUGUUGGGGAGUAUGUGCAAGAACUAAGAAAGUUGGGGGAUCAAAUCUUGGAGCUGCUUUGUCAAGGAUUGGGACUUAGUACCAGUUAUUUCAGCGGGCCGGGACUUGUUGAAAAUCCUGUACUGUUGGUUAAUCACUAUCCCCCAUGCCCAGACCCAAGUUUGACUCUAGGAAUACUCAAACACAGAGACCCUAGCCUCAUCACCAUACUACUUCAAGAAGAAAUUAAUGGACUUCAAGUCUUCAAAGAUGGUGAAUGGAUUGGUGUUGAGCCUCUUCCUCAUGCCUUUGUAGUUAACGGAGGUUAUGUGUUGCAGAUGAUCACCAAUGGGAAGCUCAAAGGUGCUGAACAUCGAGCAGUCACAAAUUCAAGCAUUUCUCGAACAUCCGCUGCCUUCUUCAUUUAUCCUAGUAAGGACAGCAUUAUAGAACCUGCAAAGGCCCUGAUAAAUGCAUGCAAUCCCCCACAGUACAGAUCCAUGAAAUUUGAAGAUUUUCAGAAAACCUUCUUGGCUAGAUCUGGCAAUGCUGAAGCAGUGAUGCAGUUUAUAAGCUCCAUGCAUGACUCAUAAUGAAGCAAGCUAGAGAUCAACCUAGAAGAUGCUAUAUAUAUAUAUAUAUAUAUUCUCUUUGGCACUAGGCAUGCAUAUAUGCAA